AUGCAGGCAUGGCUAGGGUGUGCAAGGCGUCGGGAGAUUGUGCAAGUGUGCCCGGGGUGUGCAAGGCGUGAGGAGAUUGUGCAAGUGUGCCCGGGGUGUGCAAGGUGUGAGGAGAUUGUGCAAGUGUGCCCGGGGUGUGCAAGGCGUGGGGAGAUUGUGCAAGUGUGCCCAGGGUGUGCAAGGUGUGGCGAGAUUGUGCAAGUGUGCCCGGGGUGUGCAAGGUGUGAGGAAAUUGUGCAAGUGUGCCUGGGAUGUGCAAGGUGUGAGAUUGUGCAAGUGUGCCCGGGGUGUGCAAGGCGUGGGGAGAUUGUGCAAGUGUGCCUGGGAUGUGCAAGAUGUGAGAUUGUGCAAGUGUGCCCGGGGUGUGCAAGGCGUGGGGAGAUUGUGCAAGUGUGCCCGGGGUGUGCAAGGUGUGAGAUUGUGCAAGUGUGCCUGGGGUGUGCAAGGUGUGGUGAGAUUGUGCAAGUGUGUCUAGGGUGUGCAUGGCGUGCCUAGAGUGUGUAGUGUACAAGGCAUGACUAGUGGGUGCAAGGUGUGCCUAAGAUGUGUAGGGUGUAGCAAGAAUGUGCAAACAUGGCUAGGAUGUGCAGGUGUGACUGAGGUGUAUAGGUGCAAGGCCUAGCUAGGAGGUAUAAGGGGUGCCUAGGGGGUGUAAGGCACUGCACAUUCAUUAAUCAUUUCCCAGAACCAGCUGUUCCCCAGCUUCUUUGUCUGUGUUUAUCUUCAUUAGAUUGUAAACUCCUGGAGGGUCAGGGACUGUCUUUUGCCCAUUUUUUUGUAUCCUCUAGCUAAUUUGCAGUGUUUGGCACUUAGUUGUAAUGACCGCGUAUUUAAAGUCAGCCGGAGUCAGGAAUUCAGGUUAAGGGGAAAAUCUUCAAUAUUUAUUGAAGCGAAGAGGUGAAUAAAGAUUGCUAUAGCAAAUAUAGGCAAGAAAGAUUGCGAUAGCAAAUAUAGGCAGUUGCGACAGGAAGCCAGCUAAGAGAGAGCGACGCGAGCCGAGGCAACCAUGGAGGCAACUGUGUCGGCAACUGUGGCAAUGGCCGUCCCAAAGGUCUCUCCUCCCCUUCCUUCUCCACUCCCCUGCCUCCACCCACCAAAAUCGUCAUUUCCUAUACAACACAUCAGGACUUGCACAAAGAGUGGGUGGGGGCCAUUCUCUCUCCAAGCUUAUCUAUUAAUAGAGUAUGGUCCAAUUACUAUUUAGCCUCAUGUGCUUGGGACCUCAGUGCAUCAACUCAAGCCUCAGCCCAUUACACUUAGUAGUUGCUUAAUCAAGAUUGAUUAUUGAUAAAAAGAGGUAUAAAAAACCUGACCUUAUUUGCAAGGAGGAUUAACAAGAUUGUAGAAUUUGAAAGUUGUAGGGCAGACUGGAGGUCUUGUUUAUCCCCAGAGCCAAAGGAACCCCUUCAUCUGCUGGGGUAGACUAAAUGCAUGCAAAUGCCUUCCAAGAUACUACCCCCUCCCUCAGUCCAGUCAUUGAGGCCCCUCACCCUUGGUGUUAUCUUGUACUCCCCACACUCACUAUAGAAAUACAUUAUUUAUCUGUGA